CAGCUGACGCUCAGUCGAGAAAAAAAAAUGAGGUCGACGAGGCAGUUUUCCGGCUUUUUAUUAAUAUUAAUUUUAAUUAAUAUAAUUGGCCAAAUUAGCGCGCAGGCCAAUGAAGUUAUUGGAUGCGGUGGUUUCAUUAAAAGUCAUGCCGAAAUCGACUUCUCCAAAGUUGAAAUCAAACUUUUGACGAAACAAGGCUCGCUAAAAGACAAAACUGACUGCUCCCCAUCGAAUGGUUACUAUUUUCUGCCUAUUUACGACAAGGGUGAAUAUCUGCUAAGCAUUUCACCUCCGCCGGGUUGGAGCUUUGAACCCGAGCACGUUGAGCUCAAUUUCGAUGGCAAGAAUGACGUGUGCAGUCAGGGCAAAGAUGUUAAUUUCGUUUUCAAGGGCUUUGGCAUAACUGGCAAAGUGGCUUUGGCCACUGGCAGCGGAGCACGUGAUGUUGAUGUUGAAUUAAAAUCGGAGCAGGGUGAGAUUAGACGCACGAAGACCGACAUCAAUGGUAUCUUCUUCUUCACCCCGAUUAUACCCGGUAAAUAUGUGGUACGCGCCUCGCACCCCAAAUGGCAUUUCUCCAAAUCCGAGCACAAUGUCGUCGUAGUCAGUGGCAACACGGAGCUGCCGGCGAACUCGUUGGUCGUCUCGGGCUUCGAUAUUAAUGGCAACUUCGACACAAGCACACAGAUUCCAGCUAACAUUGCGAUCGUGCUCUACCGGAAGAAGGGCCAAUCUCUGCCACCCAAAUGCAGCAGUUCCCCCUCUGCGCCCGCUAACAAACUGAACAACGAUUAUGAAAGCGCUGCGUCUUGCUAUGUGCCGCUAUCGGAAAAGGGCGAAUACAAUUUCAAGAAUGUGCCCACUGGCAAGUAUCUGCUGCAGGCCGUCAACGAAAACAAAAACUUAAAACUGCAUCUGACGCCUAAGUUCUUGGAGGUGGAAGUCGGCAAGGAUACGCUGCAGCUGAAGGAUGAGUUUAAGAUCAGCGGCUUUACGGUGUCCGGUCAAGUGCUGCGUUCCGCUGGCGGUGCUCCACUCAAGUCGGCGACUGUCAAGCUCAAUAAUGAGAAGGUGGCUGAAACCGACGCUUCUGGUAGCUACAUCUUGGAGAAUAUAAAAGCCGGCAGCUAUAAUAUCUUAAUCGAAUCCCCACAAUUGCAAUUUGAGCCUGUGCAAGUGAAGACACAAAUCUUGACACCAACUCUGCCUGUUAUUGUGCCAUCUGCCUAUGAAGUGUGCGGCAAAGUUGUGUCACCCAAAUCCUAUGAGGUGGGCAUUACAAAAGCUGGCUCCACGUUCCAUACGACGGUUACAACCAAAGCAGAAAGCGGUAGUUGGUGCGCCUAUCUGCCUGCUGGCAAAUAUAACUUUGAAGUACUUACCACCGAGGCGGACAAGAGCAGCGGUGUUCAAUUUUUCCCCGUGCAACAGCAGUCCGAAGUAGGAGACUCACCUCUUGGCGGUAUUACGUUCUCGCAGUUGCGUGCAAAGAUUCGUGGCGAGCUGCAGUGUCUGCCAGAUGCCACAGCGACUUGUACUACAGCUGAGAUUACGCUACAGGGUCUGGAUGCCACCGGGCAGCCAACUGAAAACAAAUGGAAAGCCAGGGCCCAUCGUGGAAAAUACGCCUUUAAGGAUGUGCUGCCCGGUCCCUAUGAGAUUACAAUUCCACAGGGAAAUCUGUGCUACGAAUCGACUCGCGUCUUUUUGAACGUUGCCGCUGCUGAGGAGAAUGCGCCACCUUUCAUUCACAAGGGUUACGAAGUCUCUAUCAUAUCCAGUCAUCGCGCUUUGAUGAAAUAUACCCACAUCACUGGACCCUCUGAGCCGAAAUCGCCAACUGAAACCCUCAAGAUUCUGUCCGGUGUCAACACUUUCUGUGUAUCGAAAUACGGCAGCUACGACUUUAAGCUCGAGGGCUGUCACAUCUACGACGACACGCUGCCCAGCAAAUUCAUUACACCCGAGCCGGAACAGUUGCAGACAUUGAUUGUCAAUGCCAUUGCCCACAAGACCGGAGUACGUGUGUUGUCCACAGAACCCAAUGCUGAUUCACUGAGAUUAGCAGUCGAAACAGAAGCCAAUGGCAGACAGAUCAUAACCCCAAUUGCUGAGUCGCAUAAAGUGGAUGGCAAAUACGCAUAUCGCUAUGAUACCUACUUGAAACCCGACGAAAUCAUGAACAUUGCCCCAAUAAGCGAUGUGUUGUUGUUUGCACCACAGCAUCAACAGGUGGUUGGUGGCAGUGAUUGUGUAGAUAUUGCCUUCAACUUUGUGGCAACGCGUGGUCUGAUCCUGCGGGGCAAAGUCGUGCCACCUAUCAAGGAUGCCAAGGUGACACUCAGUUUCCCCGAAAAUCCAGAGCGUGAAGCAAUCGAUACACUCACUUCGGUGACCGGGGAGUUCAAAUUUGGUCCCAUCGAUGAGUCGCUGAAGUUUGAGCUGAAGGCUGAGAAGGAAUCCUACGUAUUCAGUGAAUACAGUCGCCAGUCGAAUUCGUUUAGUGCUCACAAAUUGUGCGAGAUUGAAGUCACGGUUACAGACGAUGCCGGGCAGCCAUUAAGUGGUGUUCUGCUCUCGCUUAGCGGUGGCGAAAGCUAUCGCAAGAAUCUAGUAACCGGCGACAAUGGUGCCAUUAAUUUCCACUCGCUAUCGCCAUCGCAGUACUUCCUGCGCCCCAUGAUGAAGGAGUAUAAAUUCGAACCAAAUUCCAAGAUGAUUGACAUCAAGGAUGGCGAAACGAUUCAAGUAACACUCACCGGCAAACGCUUUGCUUACUCGAUCUUUGGCGCUAUUACCUCGCUGAAUGGUGAUCCUUUCGCUGAGGUUAAUGUGCAGGCCAUCGCCACAGAGAGCUGCCAGCAUCAGCAGGAAGAAGCGACCAGUGAACUUAAUGGACAGUAUCGCAUUCGUGGUCUGCAGCCCGGCUGCUCUUACGUGGUGCGUGUGGUGACUGACGAUGAGAAGGUGCAUCGAUCUAUACCCGCGAGUCAUACAGUCGCCGUGGGCAACGAGGAUGUGCGCAACAUCAAUCUGAUUGCCAUUAAUCCAAUUAAAAUUGUGGACAUCACUGCUCGAAUCUUUGCCUCCCACAACGAUUUCUACAAGACGCUGCGCACAGUGAUGUACAAACGUGGCUCCUCCGAUUCGCCUGUGUUCUCACAGAAGGUAGCUUCUCCACUGAAUCCGAAAUCUAGCAUCAAUCCUGGCAUUAUGGUUUAUUUCCCACGCAUUCCACUCGAUGGCAAGAGCUACGUGGUCGAGCUGCAAUCUACCCUGUCGGACAAGACGUACUCCUACAAGCUGCCCUCGUUUAGCUUUGUGGCUGACAAAGUCUCUGUCUACAUGAAGUUGGAAUUCAAUCCCGAGGUGCGCGCCACUGAAGCGGAUCUUAAUCAGAAUUCAAUUGGUGCUUUGGUGCUCAUAGCACUGGUGGCCAUUGCCUUCUUUAAACAAGAUCUGGCUGUCACAUUCCUCACUUUCGUCUGGGACAAGUUGAGUGAUAUUGUUGCAGAAAUUGCCCAGCGUCAAAAGGGCAAAACAAGUGUGAAAAAGAACGAGCCCAUCAAUCAGCGAGAGAUCGAGCAAAUGGCCGAUCAGAUCAAUGCGAUCAAAAAGGAAAAAGUCAAAAAGAUUUAGUCUGAUUUUAUUAGGGAUCAAUACUUUCCAUUUAGUCAUCGGUAUUCGGUAUUCAGUUGUGUUUUUAGUAUUUCCAUUUAAUGAGAUUUGUGAAUUUUGAGUUAAAGUUGUAGCAUUUGUUUUAAUUGCAUUUCCCCAUCCCAGACAACAAAUAAUUGUACCAAAAUAUUGUUUAAUAUAGCUGAGGCAAGUUUAUUUUGUGUGUAGAUUCAUUCAUCACUCUUAUAGCUAAAAUAAAUAAUUAAAUAAAUAAAUACAA